GAUAGGCUGUGUGUGCACAGUAGCCUGAGCCAGCUUCUAAAUUCAGCAGUCUAUUCAGUUUUCCACCGGGCUGUUAUCAGAAGUACCUUCAGCUCUCAGCGUUAAAACCAAAAGAUUCUUGUAAAAACCUUUAAAUCUCUAUAUUCAACCAGACUACAUAUGAAGACAGAAUGGUGUUCACGACAGAUGCUGUCCAAUUGAUUAUGGGUUGCAGCAGCUACUGAUGAGGGCUGUGCCCUGCUGUUCAAAAGCCCUUUCCUUUCCCUCCAGAAUGAUUGAAGAACGUGGCAGAAGAGAAAAUACCAUGGCAGAAAGAAGACAAUUAUUUGCAGAAAUGCGAGCCCAAGAUUUGGAUCGCAUUCGUUUAUCCACCUAUAGGACAGCAUGUAAACUCCGAUUUGUACAGAAGAAGUGCAACUUGCACUUGGUAGACGUUUGGAAUAUUAUAGAGGCAUUCAGAGAAAAUGGGCUAAAUACAAUGGAUCCGAAUGCUGAACUCAGUGUGACUCGCUUGGAAGCUAUCAUCUCCACAAUACUUUACCAGCUGAACAAACGUUUACCAACCACCCAUCAAAUAAAUGUUGAACAGUCCAUUAGUUUACUGCUGAACUUUCUGCUUGCUGCCUAUGAUGGAGAAGGCCAUGGCAAGAUAUCAGUUUUUGCUGUGAAAGUGGCAUUAGCAACAAUCUGUGGAGGGAAGAUACUGGAUAAAUUGAGAUAUAUUUUCUCUCAAAUAUCAGACUCCAAUGGAAUAAUGAUAUAUGUGAAGUUUGACCAGUUCCUACGGGAGGUGCUGAAGUUACCAACGGCUGUGUUUGAAGGUCCUUCCUUUGGAUACACAGAACAAGCAUCACGGCCGUGCUUUUCCCAACAGAAAAAAGUGACACUAAACAAUUUUCUGGACACCUUGAUGUCUGAUCCCCCACCACAAUGUCUUGUCUGGCUGCCACUCAUGCAUCGUCUCGCAAAUGUUGAAAAUGUCUUCCACCCUGUUGAGUGUUCCUAUUGCCACAGUGAGAGCAUGAUGGGUUUUCGAUAUCGUUGCCAGCAGUGUCACAAUUACCAGCUAUGUCAGGAUUGCUUUUGGCGAGGCCAUGCAAGUGGUUCUCAUAGCAACCAACACCAAAUGAAAGAAUACACAUCAUGGAAAUCCCCUGCAAAGAAGCUAACUAAUGCACUUAGCAAGUCCUUAAGCUGUGCUUCCAAUCGUGAACCUUUGCACCCAGUGUUCCCUGACCAGCCUGAAAAACCGCUAAACCUGGCCCACAUUGUAAAUGACUAUGGGCCUUCAAGACCUCCUCCUAACAUGAAUGACACAAUGUUCUCCCAUUCAGUAAUAACCUCAGGAAGCCCCAGCCCGAACAAGAGCCUUCUUAUUUCAUUAAAUAGCUUUCCUGAUGAGAUCAAUGAAGUAGAGCAGAACAAACAACUGGCUAGGGCUGCACCAGCUUUGCUGAAGGGCAAAGGGUUGCAGUACAGCCUUGAAAUUGCUGAUAGACUGGGUGAUGAACAUGUUCUGAUUGGGCUAUAUAUCAACCUCCUCCUGAACAAUUCCUCACGUGUCCUUGAUAGUCCAAGCCGUCUAGAUGAAGAACAUCGAUUGAUAGCACGGUAUGCAGCACGACUUGCUGCUGAGGCAGCAUCUUCACAACAGCGUGCUCCCGCUGACCUCUCCUCUACCAUCGAUGCAAAUAAACAGCAGCGGCAGUUGAUUGCUGAACUUGAAAACAAGAAUAGAGAGAUCCUGCAAGAGAUACAGAGAUUGAGGCUAGAACAUGAGCAGGCAUCUCAACCCACACCCGAGAAGGCACAACAGAAUCCCACCCUCCUAGCAGAACUCCGGCUCCUCAGGCAGCGAAAAGACGAGUUAGAACAAAGGAUGUCAGCUCUACAAGAAAGCCGCCGAGAAUUAAUGGUUCAAUUGGAAGGCCUGAUGAAGUUACUGAAAGAAGAAGAAAUGAGGCAGGAAACUCAGGGGGCAGGAUCCCCUCGCUCUUCACCAAGUCACACAAUUAGUCGGUCUGUUCCUAUUCCAAUGCCUAUCAGAUCAACCUCUGCCUGCUCAACUCCGACCCAUACACCUCAGGACUCACUGACAGGGGUUGGAGGAGAUGUACAAGAAGCGUUUUCCCAGAGCUCCAGGAGAAAUUUGAGAAAUGACCUGCUGGUGGCAGCAGACUCUAUUACAAACACAAUGUCAUCUUUGGUAAAAGAGUUGAAUUCGGCAGAGGGUGGCAGUGAGACAGAAAGCAAUGUGGACUCGGAUUUUGGUCGAGCUCAUUUAGAUGACAUCGUUCUUUCCCCAACUUCUGAGAAGGCCUUUCUAGCUCAGAUUAAUGCCAGAAAUCCCAGCUAUGUGCACAGUGCUGCUGCAACGGGAACAAUUCAAAGUGAUAUUGUUACAGAAGAUGGUGAGUCAUACAUCAGAACUGAUGAUGAAAGUUAUGAAAAUGAAUCUGUCCAUCAACUUGAACAUGAGUUGAAGCUGGAGGAAUAUCUGAAGCAAAAACUGCAAGAUGAGAGCUAUCAGGUCAGUUUGCAGGGGUGAACAGACUCUUCUGUGUCCUGCGCUCAUUACAGUCAAACUGAUGAUGAGAGUUAUGUAAGAACUGACGAUGAUGAAAGCUGCAUACGGACAGAUGAUGAAGAAGGUCUAACUUCUGGCUUCACUGAAGAAUGGAAUGAACAUAUGAAGCGUCUUAUGACAAAAAAAGAAUUUUAUAAGUAGUAUGAGGACUAUAGCACAGUUAUUUUAAAAGUUUCUAGUUCGAUGUGUUGACAGACAUUUCUUUUACUAAAAGCUGGGUUUAUCAGCAUCACCUUUAUAUGCCUCAUCUGAGAACAGAAUUCAGGAGAAAACAACUGCAGUUGUUACCAAGCUGAAUAUUUGGUGUUGCUAUUUCAAAUAUGGCAGUAUUAAUAUUAAAGAGAUAAUUCUACAUAUUUGUGAUCAAUAUAUCUGUUUACACUCCUAAUAUUGAUACACUUUAUCUUUGGUUUCUAGAUGAACUGUGCAGUACUUUGACAAAACAGUUACAUAUUUUUUCAACUGUGAUAAGCCUAUUUUGGUGAAAUGCACUUAAGGAUCAAAUAAUAGGGCGCUACAUAUGAGUAUUCAAAAUUAUAACCCAUAAACUACUAAUUUUCAGCAUUUUUAAUAAAAUGCACAGAUCUGUAAAAUAAAGGAACUGUGAACUGUGUCGGGGACGCUCAUAGCUAAUUCUGUUCUUAUACUUUGAACCGUAGGUGCCAAAAACAAAUAAAGAAACAAAGUAGAAUUUAGUUCACUUAAUUCCCUUUUUUGUGAUUAAUACAGUGGGUUAAGCAAUAUUUUAAACAAGCAUGACUAUUGCUAACUUAAAACGGUAAACUUUGUUUUUUGCUUUGCUUUCUGUUUAUAUAAUUUUAAGGCCUUCAAUAUGGACGUACUGGUAUAUACACAUUACUUAAUGUGCAUUGGAAAUUUUUAUGUUUGAAAUGUGUAUUACCUUAGUUGCCUAUCUGUGUGGUAUGAAUAUUGUGAAGAAAGAAUAGUUUUAUUGAAUAACUAUAUAGAAUUGCAAAUGUUGUAAAGAAAACAGCAAGUGAGAAUUCAGGGUUUGAGAAGUUUUGCGGCUUCUGUCUGAUUAAUCCACAGUUAACAUAUGCGGAUAGUUGCAGACACUAUUCUCCAAAGUACUACUUAAUUUAAAGUAUUAAUGAUCAGUACAAAACAGCUGAUUCAACUCCAUGGGUCACAGAAACUUCUACAUAAAGUUGAAUUGAUUUAGGGAUUGAUUAUUUUUGUAGAAACUAUUCCUGCUUGUAAUUUACUCAUAAUUUUGACACUGAAACUUGCUAUUAGAGAUGCCAACCAUAUUAUUUUUUAGUUGCAGUAUCAUUAAACAAAAAGUUUUGAUAAUGACAUGACAGUAACACAUUAAAUGAUCAGUAAACUCGCACAGCAAAUUUAUUAUUUAUAGCUGAAGAAUUGCUGAAACUAUCUACAAUUCAUAUGUGGUAAUCAUAAAAAUAUUUACCCUGAAAGCAUAUAGAUAUCUUGACAGCAAAAUAACAUUAGAAAUUGGUGUGAUUUAAUUGAUAUAAUCAGAUUAGAAAGCAAAGAGAAAUAUGUUAAUUAUCGACUGAUCCCUAAUUGUUUAUUUAAAGAGAAUGGAUGUUCAACAGAGAUAAAAAGAAAAAACAUGUGAAAGCUGGAAGAUUUCAGACAUGGUUAUGAGAGAGAGAGACUUAGCAUGUUUCAGAGUUAACCUGCACAAGACUGUGGCCUUCACUGUGAAACAAUCUGUACUCUGUUAGUGCAUGAAGUGAUAAAUCGUCUAGUUUUGUUGCACAGUCCUAUUUCUUUUAUUUAUUUUGACUGACUUUUCCCAGCUACAUAGGUUUAUUAAUGUAGACACAUACUGUAUAUACUUAAAGUCUUUGUUGCUGAGUUUAGAAUGGAUAAAUUCAGCAAAAUGGCCAUGAAUAACAACCAUUUUCUUACUCUGCCCAAAAUAAUGGGUAUUUAAUUUCCACCAAAAAUAUACAACUACACCAUGUAUAAAUUAACUACAACUAAUAUAUUGAAUGUCUCCAAAACUCCAAAAGGAGGAGCAGUAAUUUUGGAAACACUAAAGGUUCAAUGUAAUACACUGUUGAUGUAAUAAAACUACUGAUCUAUGUUUUGUAUUGUUAAGUAUUGUAUCCAUACGUACAAUGUGUUGGAACAAGCUGGGGACUUGCCAUGUUUUAAGAUUGUCCAAGUAUUUAACUGUGUCUGUAUUUUGGAAUGGAAUAUUUCUUCAUUAAAGAGAGAAUUUUUAAAAA